GUUUGUGUUGCGAUCAAAAUCGUUCCGGAGAAAUCUGAUUUUUUGACCGUGGUUUGUGCAAUCUUUUACGUAUCAAAAGAUUCUAAGAGAAGAUAUAAGUUGGCAAAGAGUAAGAAAAUUGUCUGGCAAAGAAAAACUUACGAAAGAUACCAAGGUAUGAAUCAACUACACAAUGAACAUCAGCCGGGGGAGUAAUGCAUUUGUCAUCACGGUUCUUCUGUUGCUACUUCUAGUCCAAGUCGCCGUUAGCUUCGGGCCAGCGAUUCUGGGUGAGCCUGAAGACGUGACAGUAGCACCAAGCACAACAGGGCCACAAGCGUUCACAAUCCUCUGCAUCAAGUCUGUAGAUUCGUCAGUGGCUUGGUUUUUCAAGGGAAGACCAGUAGACAUCCGUAAUCAGGACUUCACGGUAACAGGUGACGGGUCUCUUUAUGUAAAGAAUGCAGUCAAAGAGAGAGAUGAAGGGUCCUAUUACUGCCUGGUGUCCAGCGGAAAUAGAGCGGUUCGUAGCAGAACAGCUACCGUUAAAUUUGCAUAUCUUGAUUCAUUCACUACCCGCGACAAGAUGGUCUCCAUGGAAGAAGGGGACUUCCUCUCCAUAAAGUGUAUGGCUCCUGACUCUUUUCCACAUCGUACCGUCCAGUGGUCAAAGGAGAUAAAUGGGGAAAAACAGCCAGUGAGAUCGUCAUCGCAUCUGACAAUCAGCGAAACCAAGGACUUGCACUUUGCAUUUUUGAAAAGAUCAGAUUCUGGCGUCUAUAUCUGCACUGUAACAAACCUCUUCAUACUAAGCGAGAGAAAGAGUGUGGAGAGACAAGUUUCUCUGUUCGUAACACCAGCAACAAAUCAGUUUAACAAGCCACCUAGAGUUGCCGACGACUUUAGCAGCCCAAAGAUAGCCUUGAAAGGAGAGAAAUUUGUCUUGGAGUGCAUUGUUUACGGAAAACCAGUUCCGAAAAUCGUCAUGAAGAAAAAAGGGAUUCACACUGCACUUGGGAAUACGACAGGAAACGUUAACAGACUAGUGAUCAACAGUUUUGGUCGUGACGACGCUGGGAAGUAUAGAUGCAGAGCCAGCGAUAAGGCAGGACAGUCAGACACCAAAACAACCGUGAUAAAGAUGGAAGCUAAACCAGAGUGGAUAAUAAAGCCAAAAGACAUUACAUCAGUCUCUAACAGCACAGUCACUCUGCCCUGUAUUGCUUUUGGUAUACCGGGCAUAAGAUACACAUGGUAUCGAAACGGCAAGCUGAUUGUACCGAAAAACAGGCAUGAAUUUUCACUGGGAAAUUUGACUAUCAAAGACUUGAAGCCUCACGAUAAUGGGAUAUAUCAGUGUUUCGUCGACAACAAACAUGGCCAACUACAUGCUGAUAUCAAGCUGACUGUAUCAGCAAUUCCCGCCGGCUUUGGCCUGGGGAGUAAAGCUCCACAGCUGACCCAAAGUGCCCUCAUGCAUUCAAGUGUGGAAAUAAUAUGUAACCCAACUGGUGAACCUAAGCCCGUCGUACGCUGGCGAUUUGGCGCCGCUUAUCUACAAAGCAAAGGAAGGUUUCGUAUUUCGUCAAACGGAAACUUAAGGAUCACUAACGUUACCAAAUCUGAUUCUGGGGAGUACAUAUGCGAAGCUUCCAACACACUGGGUAAAGCCUCCAGAACGGGAUUCGUCAAUGUUGUUGAAUACAUCGUCGAAACUAAAAACAUGGAUGAAACGUUGACGGCUGUCCUUGGGAAAGACAUCAGAUUUAUGUGCGGUGUUAGAUCAGUUGGCAAAAUAGAGGUUACCUUCAAGUGGUUAAAAUUUUUUACCCAUGAAAUUGUGUCGAGUUCGCGUGUGAGAAAAACAAGAACAGAUAUCAGUAACAGUAUGUCAUCAACAAGUGAUCAGAGAGGAUACUUGAAGAUCACUAAAGUUCGAUACGGCGAUGCAGGGCUUUACUCCUGCGAAAUAAGGGGCAAUAACAAUAAACUGAUCGCCCGCAAGGAGGUCUUCUUGAAAGUCAAAGGUCCUCCUAAUCCACCGACAGAUGUAACCAUCAGUCAAGGACACGCUGAAGGCGAACACGUCAACGUCACAUGGAUCCUCGGAAAAGCGAACGGCAGUCCAAUAAAGAAAGUGAUAAUCGAGCACACGACACAAUUUGCUCCUACGACAUGGAAAGUCAUUUCUAACGGAUCUGAACCUCAGAAAGGAUGGGUACAGAUUGCAUUGUCUCCACAUGUAAGAUAUACUUUCCGAGUCGUUGCUGUCAAUGACGUCGGUAAAAGCAACGCCAGCGCUCCGUCCAGUAGCUUCCAGGCACCAUCAGCAGCACCUACAAAGUAUCCUCUUGACUUGAAGGGUGAGGGGAUUGACGCAUCUACCCUAAAGAUCACGUGGCAACCCAUUCCACCCAUACACCACAAUGGACCAGGUUUCUACUACAUUGUUUAUCACAAGCGAACGGACCGCAAAGGGCAGCCGACAAGAGAUGAGGUCAGAAAUGGCUCCACCUUCUUCAUCACUGGCACUGAUUACUACGUGAAGUACACGAUCCAAAUACAAGCAGCAAACAGCAUUGGCUUUGGACCUAAAAGUCCGGAUGUCAUUGCUUUUUCUGGGGAACAAGUGCCGGUGGGAGCCCCCAGGGAUCUUGAUGUCCGUAUUACAUCUCCAAAUUCAGCUUAUGCAACAUGGACGGGUGUCCCUGAUAAGAGAGAGACAGCCCGUGGCAAAUUGUUAGGGUACAAGGUGUAUUUCUGGAAAGCGCCGAGCGGUCAGACUCCCUACCAAGCUGAGGUCGAGUCAACUAGUGAAACGUCUGUCAGUUUACAUCUGCAGCCUUACACAUCGUACAGAUUUCAAGUCGUUGCUUACAACAGAAUGGGUGAUGGACCAGCGAGUAAUGUCAUAGGUCCUUUGACAACACCUGAAUCAAUACCAGAUUCACCGCGAGGGCUGUCCCUCAACAUCCACAACCAAAGCUUCAUAAUACUUCAGUGGAGCCCACCUGAAAGAGCUAAUGGCAUCAUCUCUGACUACCGGGUGACGAUAGAGAAAGUACCAGUAACAGAAAUGACAAUGAGCGGAAAGACAAACAACAGUAACCCACGAAUGAGACUCCCCCUGCUCAACCUGCAGGCGAGGUACAGAUUCUCAGUUCUGGCAAUCAACAGAAUCGGGGCAGGUCCACCGCUGGUUGUAGAAUUUGAUCUCACAACAGCACCUAAAAUAUCUCCCCAAAAUGUGACAGCAAAUUUUGACAACCAAAACAACGAGGUAGUUUUGAACUGGAGAAGUUCCCUGCAAGACAUAGAAGGAUUCCGGAUUUUUUACUGGAGUUCUCGAAGGGAUAUACAUACUGUCGACGUUGCAAAAGAAAGAAGAAGAAAAGAAAUCGCCUUUGAUCUGGAGAAAGGACACAUCUAUCAUUUUCAGUUGGCAGCUUUUAAAAUAGUACAUGGUGGACACUACAUACUGGGUCCGAGAUCACAGGAGGUCACAGCAGGAAAAAAAAAUCUAAAGGCAAGAAGGACAAAGUCGACGGGAAGUUUCACUGAUAGUCCAGGGACUUUACUUCUGUGUUCACAAUUGCUAUUCAUCAUUAGCUUUCAUUGGUUACAAGCCAGAUAGCAGUCAUCGAGAUCCAGAGUUGCUAAAAAAGGAUUGCUGCGUCAAUCUCUUCGGGAGAAACUACCAUAAAACCCCACGAAUAAGACGAGAUGUUCAUUUAAUGAGAGCAAGUGAUUACUUAGUUCUACAAACUUCAGAUAGAAAGUUUAACUCGUCUCUUGAACAGACUUAGACGGAAUAACUGGUUUUGAGCCCUGAGCUUUGUUAAUGUGAACAACUUUUUAGAGUCAGGGAACAAUAUUAUUUCAAAUCAAGGAAGGAGGACAGAGAAUUCGUACCACGUUUUCCUGAACAACUGAACUUCGGUUGUCAGUUUUUUGGAAAGCGCCAACGAGAACAACUUCGUAAAUUAACCACGAGAAGGAUUUCCAGUGCAGCGACGUUUACCACGUAGAACUAAAUAUUUGAAUAUUUAUUUUAAAUUACGUUGAUUCUGAAUGAAUGCCAUAUUGACAUGAUACAAUAAGAUGCUGAUUAAUUUAAAUGUUCUUCAUCUAACAAAGCUCCUUUCUGAUGUGGAGAACGCAAAUGUAAAAUGCUCUGCAACAGCUUAGGUGAAUCCUAAAUUUCUAACGUCCUAAUGAAUUUAUUACCAUCCCACGUGCACCCUGACACCCGUUUACCAGAGCGCAGAAUUUCGUUUCAGUUACCAAGCUAUAGGUAAAUAUUAAAACUAUCGGGAAGUGUUUAUGAGACGGCAUAUUCGUUCCUAAGCUCUCUAUCUCUUUCUGCCUUUAUUUCACAAGAGGAAGUGGAUAGAAAAGUGACACUGGAACGAGAUGGGAAGAAAACUAAAGAUGUGCCAAAUAUUGUUCGAUGAAUAACAGGGAUUUGGUAACUGGACGAGGAUUGUAGUGAAUAAACCAAUGGAAAGAGGCGAAUUAUUGCGCUUUAACAAGCAGGCACGUGUAGGGACGAUGUCUCAAGUUUCCAUUACUUCUGGUUUCCUAAAAAUUCACAUCAUCUCGGGAUUGCGCCAAAUUUAGAGUUUAUUCAGGGGUCUACUUACUAAUCAUCAUUAAUACGUCUGAAAUGGGUGGCUAAUGAACCCACCUAAGAAAUAAAAGUUCAAAAAACAUUGGUGCACUUUCAAGGGUUUCACCUAAAGGUACUACUGAGAACCAUUCAUGAUCUAUAUAUUCCGAUAUAGUGUUAAUUCAAAUCCACUUGUUUGCUAAUAAUCUAAGGUUCAGUAGGAAUGAACCGCACAAAUUGUCAUAGGAUGUAAUAUAAGAAUUAAUCUGUGAUAGUUUUAUGAAAACAUUUAAGAAAUAACAAUUAAUUGAUGUGUGCUUUAGCACACAGUUUGUUUAAAAAGAAACUUUUGAAUGAUGAUAUAGCCCGGUGCGAUGUUUGGGUUUUAGCCAAAUAAUGUUGUUUUAUAUUAAAUGAAAGUGUACAACGUAUAUCGUUUAAAACAUUAAAUGAAUAAGCAGCUUGUUAUUGCUAA